CUUUGGAGCAGAGCCAAGUUGAGUGUGAGAUUCAACUACCUGUCCUGCACCUACAAUGCCAUUUACCAUCCUUUUACAUCUCAAGACCGGACGCUUGUAUCCCACUUUUGUUAGAUCUCUGAAGCCCGGGUUGCGGCUGGUCUGCGCACCACAGUCCAAUCGUCUAAUAACCUGCUCUUCUCAUUGCGUCUCGUCUGCCAGCGACAAAUACAUCAAAUGACAACGACCCUCUAGAGCUUCACUCCCCGUCGCCAACUGUUGCCUGAUGGGAGCUGUUCUUUCCGCAACGCGCACUAACACCCAUGUGGCUCCGACACCGACCGUCAACCGCUCCGCCGUCCCUGGGCGGCCCCCCGAGACAUCGGCGACAAGGCGCCACCGUCACGCCGCAAUAGCCUGAAGCCGAGUCGCUCCGCCCUCAACGGCGCAACGCAACGUGAUGCAUCUCCUCUUUUAGCCGCCGACAACAGCCAACCCCCGUUCCCACACGUCUUGAACUGUGCAAGAACAGCCACAGUGGUGUGUGAGACCCCGCGACCCUCGAGUCCCACGCGCCAACUCAACGACGAUGGGCCGAGGUCUCUUGGCCAGAGACAAAAGGCCGCGAUGAACCAACCCAACGGUGCGUGGUGAAGACGGCAGCGUUGGAACCGAGCAUGGUUAUCUGCAGUCCAAGCCAGUGCCGCUGAGGAACCCCUUGAGGCAGCGCGAGAGAGGCGCCCCCCAAACAGGGGUUGUUUGGAGUGUCCCAGCCAGUCUCAGGUUUCGCCCCCUAGGUGCAAAGUACGUACCGACGAGUGCAACAACACCACAGCCGACUUACACGGAGCGACUUCGCGACCGGCUUCGACUGCGCACCACCGUUUGAGAAUCUACUUCAGCCCUUGGAAACAUGCCAUCCUCUGACACAGGCCCCUUGAGUUUUCAGAGUCCUCACCAGGCGGUAGCCUCCCAGGUCCAUCGCGGAGUCUCCCCAAUCUCCCCCAGCCGCUCCGCCGUUCAUGUUGUAGUGGCCUUGGGCCAGGUCGCCAACCCCGUGUGUCCGUGGGCCGCCUCGUCAACCGCUUCGCUCGAGCUCAGUCGCCCUUGCUUUCCACACUGCCUUCUCAGCAAAUCGUGACUAAUUUCGCUCUCGCAAGCUUCCGGUGUCAGAUCCCCCCACGACGCCAAAACAGUGUGUGCUGUCCCUUCGCUGGCGCCCAUUCCUCGCGCGCACUGGCCGUCCGCUCAUCUCGUGAACCCAUAUUCUCAUCAUCGUGCCUUCGCUCGGGGUACCGAAUGCUCAGACUGAGGGGUCUCUGAUAGAGUGUAAGGCCCUGAGACGGGAACGAAAGCUUGUCACCCUCCCAAGGACUGUUCGUCAUACGUCGCUCAUAUGCCGUAUGCAUUAUUUUAUUUCAUCUUGUUGGCCCCGUCCCGACUCUGACAAGCGUCGCAGAUCAUUGUUUCUGCCAGAGUCUUCCGAAGCCCGCGGAUUAGUUGGACUGGUUGUUUAGGCAAGACGAGGGCCUGGUCGCCGUUGCACUCCCUGCUCCCAUCCUCCACUGCUACGUCUUGAGUGCUCAUCGCCAGUGAGGCUCUUGACGACGACGCAUAGCCUCUAAUAUCUCGCGGAAAACAGCAGGCCUGUUUGUGUCUCAAGCUAUUGAGAAACCAUUACCCGAGUCGACGACACAUCGUGGGCGUUUUUCUUUCGCACGGGUCACCAUGAGGGCCACGGCUCUUCACGUGCUCAUCGCGUGGUUCGUUGUGCAGACCGCCGCGCUGGGAAUUCAGGAAAGGCACUUCGGUAGCCUGGAGAAGAGGGGCGUCCUCGAUCAGCUGGGCCAACUGCUCGGCCUCGACGGCUUGGGGACCAACGGAGGGAACAACAACAACAACCGAGGAGGGGACGGAGGAGGAAGAGGCAACAGGAAGGGAAACAACGGUGGAGGAGGCAAUGGCGGAGGAGGCCGCAAUAACAGGGGCGGGGGCAACAAUGGCGGCGCUGCCCCCGCGACGGUGACCCGGACAAUCGUGCAGACCGUCACCGUGGACAGAGCUGGCUCUGGCGGCGUCGCGGGAGGCGGCGGCGGCGGCGGAGGCAACGGCACGGCGCCUCCCGCGAACAAUCCUGUUGGGGCGCCGGCGACGAAGCCCGGGUUCGAAGGGCUUCGUCUCACGACCAUCACGCAAACUGUCCAAGGAGAUGGCGCAGGCCCAACCGUCACCGAGACCGUUCAGGGCAAUGGGCAAGCCAUGACGGUCACCAUCACGGAGCUCGCCAGCACCGUCACCCAGACAGUUACCGCCCAGUGCGCGUCACAGCCUGCCGCCCCCCAGCAGCCCGGGGGGCAGCAGCCCCCGGCCCAACAGCGCCCGAACAGAGGCUCGCAGCGCACUCAGAACACUGUCAGCAAUGUCGUCCAUGCAACAACAAACGCUAACGGUAAUGGAGUUGGUGUCUCCACGGUUCCAAUCCCAGAGUCGGAGAAGCCCACAACAACCUUUGGUGCUGGCAACCCUCCUGCUCAGCAAUCGCCGACAAGCAGUCCGGGAGGCGAGGCUGGGCCCUCGUCCCAGGAAGCCGCUCCUGUCGCCCCGAGUCCUCCGCCAAGUAAUCCUCAGGAGCCGCCAUCAUCAUCCUCAGCUGCUCCAGCCGAGCAGCCCAGCGGCGGCGGUGCUGGAAGCGAUGGCGCAGGAAGCCCCGUCACCAGCGGCGACGGCAGGAGCACCGCAACGCUAGUCCCGUCCGUGUCACUCGGGGGGCUUCCCGCGGAUAUCUCGGCGCCGCUCGAGUCUGCAAUCACCACGCCGAAUGCUGGUGUGAUUGCGCCCGCGAAGCCGGUGACGCUGUCGGGCGUCUCGCUGAGCAGCCAGCUAGACCUUGGCCCGCUUGCCCAAGGGACCCCUUCGGCGACGUCUGUUCGGCGAUAGGUUUCCAUAAGAGGUAUGCGUUGACAUUAACAUGGUACAUGCUGCUUUGGACGUAAUUAGAGAUGUAGAGGUCGUUUGAAUAUAUGCUGC